UGGGUCCGGUUGAGGUGCUGUGUGUGUGUCCCUCUCUCCUGGGGCUGUCCUUCAGGGUUUGACCGGCUUUCCCCUAGGAGGAGGCGAUAAGGAGAGCGAAAAGAAGUAUCCCUGGCGGGGCAGCAAGCCAGCAGGCCCACGCCUCCUCAGUUAGCGGAACCUGCAGCCAACUGCCCCAAGGCCAUUCUGGAAAACACUGGGACGAGGUGAGGCCGGUGACUCAUCACGCCCCCGGAACUCCAUUUCCCAGAAUCCGUCAUGAGGGACAGCCCGUUGUUCCCCGGUCACGUGCUCCAGAGCCCAGGGCAUGAGAAGCAGGGAGCAGGGAGCCGGGAGAUGCUGAUGCUCCAGUGAUGCCACCAAGCCCACUGGAAGGGGCAGCCAGGAGGUCAGCCAGGAAGCCCUGAGCCCAGAUGACCAUGGAGGCCUUGGACCUCAUGCUUGAGGAGAGAGAUUGGAAAACUGAGCCUGAAACAAAGGAAUCUAUUUCAAAGGUUGACAUUGUUAUGGACAAAUCAUCCCAGGAACAAUACUCAAAAGAUGAUUAUGAGUGUGCCAAGUUGGGAGAAGGAUGGAAUUAUGAUCCUGAGAAACCUUCUGUGCACAGUGAAUGUGGGGAAUCGUUCAAGUGUAAUUCAAACCUUUUUCAGGAUCAUAUAAUAUAUAAUGUAAAUCAAACUCAUGGUUAUAAUGAAUUUGGAAAAGACUUACUACAGGAUAAACAGCAUUCUGAGCAUCAGAAAGUCCAUCCUAAAGAGAAACUUCAUGUAUGUAAAGACUGUGGCAAAACUUUUAGCUUCAGUUCCUCCCUCAUGUACCAUCAAAAAAUUCAUACUGGAGAGAAGCCUCAUAAAUGUAAUGAAUGUGGGAAGGCUUUCAUUCUUCGAACACAGCUUAAUUCCCACCAGAGAAUUCAUACAGGCGGGAAACCUUAUGAAUGUAAUGAAUGUGGAAAAACGUUUAGAUACAAUUCAUCCUUUACUUACCACCAGAAAAUUCAUACUGGAGAGAAGCCUUAUGAAUGUUAUGAAUGUGGGAAGGUCUUCAGAGGGAACACACAGCUUAAUUCCCAUCAAAGAAUUCACACUGGAGAGAAACCUUAUGAAUGUGAUGAAUGUGGGAAAACCUUCAAUCAGAGCACCCAGCUUACUUUCCAUAAGAGAAUUCAUACUGGAGAAAAACCUUAUGAAUGUAAUGAAUGUGGGAAAGCCUUCAUGCAGAGUGCACAUCUUAUUUCCCACCAGAAAAUUCAUACUGGAGAGAAACCUUAUGAAUGUAAUGAAUGUGGGAAAGCUUUCAGUUCUAGUACAUCCCUUACUUACCACCGGAGAAUUCAUACCGGAGAGAAACCUUAUAAAUGUAAUGAAUGUGGGAAGGCUUUCAUCCAGAGUGCACAUCUUACAUCCCACCAGAAAAUUCAUACUGGAGAGAAACCUUAUGAAUGUAGAGACUGUGGGAAAGUUUUUAGCUCCAACUCAUCUCUUAUUUACCACCAGAGAAUUCAUACUGGAGAGAAACCUUAUGUAUGUAAUGAUUGUGGGCAGGCCUUCAGAGUGAACACACAGCUUACUUCCCAUCAGAGAAUUCACACUGGAGAAAAACCUUAUGAGUGUAAUGAAUGUGGUAAAGCCUUUGUCCACAGCACACAUCUUACCUUCCACCAGCGGAUUCAUACUGGAGAGAAACCCUAUGAAUGUAAUGAAUGUGGGAAAGCUUUUAGCUCUGGCUCAUCCCUUACUAACCACCAGAGAGUUCAUACUGGAGAAAAACCUUAUGAGUGUAAUGAAUGUGGGAAAUCUUUUAGACACAAUUCAUCUUUUCUUUACCACCAGAGAAUUCAUACCGGAGAGAAACCUUAUAUAUGUAGUCAUUGUGGAAAGGGCUUUAUUCUCCGAACACAGCUCACUUCCCACCAGAAAAAGCAUACUGAAGAGAAACUUUUUGAACAUAAUGAAUAUGGAAAAGCUUUUUGAUACAGUGAGAUGCUUAUGUAUCCCCCAGAUACUUUGUAGUAUCAGGAAUGUUAAUGUAAUAAUAUUGGAAAGCCUUCAGCUGGAGUGCAUACUUCCUUGGCACCAAAAUAUUGAUAUCCAGGAAAGAUUUACAAAAGUCAUGAAUGUGGGGAAGUAUUCAUUCUAAGCCCAGAGAAAUACUAUAAUUAUAAUGAGUUAUGAAAAGCUCUUCCAGCAAGGUGCACACACUAGCAAAUACCAGAAAAAUACUGGAGAAAAGUCCUGUAAAUGUAAUCAAUAUGGGAGAGGCUUUAAACAUCAGUCACCCUUCAAUUACCAUAAGAGAAUUGUUGAAAGUAAAUCUUUUGGAGAAUAUAACUGACUCCAUUUUGUUCUUUAUUGGCCAUUUUUCUGCGUAGAAACCCUACAUGAACUGAAGGACCAGCUUCCAAUAGUUGAUUCUCUUCAGUGUCUUCUUUCAUUCUCUAAUUGGUACAAAAAGACUUGAUUGCUAAAAAAAGGAGGACUCGGCAAUCUCUGGAAUUUCCCCCUCCCUUAUCUAGCCUGACAGGUAGUUCCCUUUGACUUAGUGAAAUUAGUUAUACUAAAAAGGGUACAUCCCUUCUCUCUCUCCUCUAGCUAAUCAUAUACAUUUUCCUUAAUGAAUACAUGUACUUCUUUGUAACACCAGUUGCAUUGUAAUGAACAACCAUCUUUUUUUUCCUUUGUUUCAUGUAAUGUAUAAAAAUGCAAAUGCAACACAUUUGCAUCAACUGCUGGUGGAGUGUUUUGCUCUCUGAAUGUAUCAUAAAACCUGUUUCUCUGAUUUGUGCUGGCUUAUUGACAAUAGCUAGUCAAACUGAUAAGAAAAUUCAUGCCACAAUUUUGGCAACUCUAUGUGGGACUAGCUAGUUCAACCUUUACAGAACCCCAUCUCUAAGAACUUUCCAACCCCAUACCACUGAGUUCACCAAUUCAGGAACUUCUAGAGAUGGGGAACUGGGAGGGCUUUGCUAUCCUUCGUUUCUGAGAUAAAGGCACCAAAUCAAGAGAUCUACAGAGACAGGCUAGUGUUUAGUGUGUUUUUGUAUUGUGUGGUCCAGUUUUGUGUCAUUUGUGCUUACUCAGUGUCUUGGCCAACGUUCCUAUCCAAAUGCUUGGUUACAUUUUUAUUAUGGUCUGGUAUCUGACACUAAGAUACCAAGGUGUCCUUGGAAAAACUACACCUUGAUAGGGCAGAACCAGAGGAAACUCUGGUGGAAGUCAAGCAGUUCAUCUAACCAUGAACUCAACUUGGGAGUGGGAAGUGGGGAAAAUAAUCCCAAACAUUCAUUUUGUAAAGCUGAUGUAAACUUUAGUUUCACUUUGACUAAUCAAGUCAUGGCGAUGGGAUCUGGUUGCUAUUUCUGUCCUGGAAUAGAAUAGUCAGAUCCAUUUUGAUUAAUUGGAAAAAAAUUCUAGGAAAGGCUUGCCUCUAAGUGAAUUUGUUCUUUGUUAAACUAGAUAGCCAUCUGAUACUUAAUCUACUGAAAGGCCUUGGCUGUUAUGAUCAUGAAACCAUAUACAUUCUAAAAGGAAAAGAAUAGUGGUCCAUUUCCAAAACAAAUGAGUUAUUGAUAUAUUUGGGUACAUCCUGAAGUGCAUAAAUGUUGCCAACCAAAUUGUGAAAAGUUAAUGAAUCUUUCUCCUGGGGAAAGAGAAAGCCACCUCAUCAUGAGGUGAAUGCUGCCAUUCUUUGUCACAUUUUCUACCUAGUACUCUACUUGUCUCAAACACUCCUCCAUUGAUACCAGCUACCCAGAGAUAGCACCCGGUUCUUUGAAGGAACAGUAACAGUGCCCUUUACAACCUUGCCUUUUCAGGGGCAAGAAAAACCUCCCUUGGAAAUCCUCUUAUUUUUAUCUUCAGUGAGUGAGAUGAGAAGAUAGAAAGGUAAAGAUGAAUAGACCCAGAUGCAGGAAGAUCACUAAGUACAACCUUUAGCUGCCUUGCAGUGGAAUUCUGGCCAAGAGUGCUGUUUUGUAGAAGCACGUGAAGGGAACAAAGGAUUUAAAUGACCUCUCAUUGGUGUCUGUUACUACCACCAUCACCUUUGGCACUGGCAGGAGAUAGGCCCUUUUCAUCUGAGAUGCCCAGCCAAUUCCAGUGUUAAAGUGUCCCAUUCCCGAUAAAUUUUCCAUAGAAAAUAAGGGGAGAAAUGAGAACUUCUAUGCCAUAAAUUUCAAAUCUUUCAAAAGAUACGGUCUCAUUUCUGUGUUCUUAAUUCUUGCUAGCUUUGGGAGUACCCAGAAAGAGAUGAGGCAAGAAAAUCCUUUCCCCAUUUGCAUAACUUCAUGGUAUUGUAAACUAAUUAGAGACUGAAUUUGUGACUGAAACGUACUUUCUUUACUGUCAAUUUCCAAAGUGUGGUUUGGAUGCUUUUUAUAAAGGCUGAGAUAACCUCGUGAGUUUCUGGAGUUGAUGCUCUCUAUAACUAAAAAUGAAAACCUGAAAGUUACAUGUAAAUCGCACUUAGUCAACCUCUUUAAUACCCUCUCUUCCUUGAAGCAUGACAGAUUUAUUGUUUUAAGGUAAGAGUAGAAGGUGAUUUCACUGACUAAAGAAAGCUAAGGAAGUCUUAAAACAGUAGAAAAAUAAGGAAAAAAUUGGUUUUGAAGUCUACAGUUUCUAAAUAUCUGGUGCUUAAGAACCACAUAGUGCAAUUAUUAACUUCUAUACAGUUCAGAAAGAAAGUUUUGGGGCAGCUAGGUGGCGCAGUGGAUAGAGCACCAGCCCUGGAAUCAGGAGUACCUGAGUUCAAAUCCGGCCUCAGACACUUGACACUUACUAGCUGUGUGACCCUGGGCAAGUCACUUAACCCCAAUUGCCUCACUCAAAACAAAACAGAACAGAAAGAAAGUUUUGUUUAAAUCAGUGAAAUUUCAUUUUAAGGAAAAGUUUUCAUUUCCCGUCUGUCCUUUUGUGAAUGACUUAAUAAAGUUUAAUUGCCUAAGUAAAUUAGAAGCAAGUUCACCUUAAAAAGAAACUAGAAUUGACUGCAUUUGCAAGCCCUUAAAGUUUCAAUUUUGAUCAGGGAAAAAGUAAAAGUUUUGAAGUUAUUUGAAAGUAUAUAAUAAAACUUGUGCUAAUUUAGAAAGGAGAGGGGUUUUGUUUGUGUGUUUGUUUUUUGGAGAGGCAUUUGGGGUUAAGUGACUUGCCCAGGGUCACACAGCUAGUGUCACGUGUCUGAGGCUGGAUUUGAACUCAGGUCCUCCUUCAAAGGCUUCAAAGCUGGUGCUUUAUCCACUGCACCACCUAGAUGCCUGAAAGGAGAGAUUUUAAUGCCAUAAAGAAAACUAGUUUUGUGGAUGGGGUGGGUUAUGAUUGGGAAAUAAAGAUGUGAGGGAUUGAGAAAGUAGAGAAGGAAAGUGUAGCGUUGAAUCAGUUUGGAAAUCAAGACUCAGUUUUGAAGGGAACAGAGAGAAAGUUAAAAGAUGUUUGGAGAUCAUUUGCCCUUAGUAUCAAUAUAAAGCUUAAUUAGAAGGCAAUGAGAAUUAAGAGUUAGGAUUUCUCAAAGAGCAGGAACAUAAAACUAGUGAUUUUCUUUACCCAAGUUGACAUAAUACGAGGUCUUUAUCUUUGCCAGCUACCAAAAUGUCCAGCAUAGGUCAGAAGAAAUGCCAAGAAGGUAAUAAAAUAUUAGAGAAAAGUUUAAGUUAAAUCUUAUACCUAGUUUAGAUUAAAGGAGAAUAAGAACCGCACAACUCUAAAAUGAUUGGUACAUCUGGAGAAGUUCUUAUUUUCUCCUCAUUUGGUUAAAGUUAAUUUUAAGGUUUUUCAUGAUUGCCAAGCAUUAUUUCACCAAUUUUUAUAUUCUUGUUCAUGUAGAAAAGUAGCUGGAAUCAUGUGGCAAAAUUUUAAAUUGAGCAUUUAAAAAUUUGUAUUUAUGUUGGCUUUUGAUAAAUCAGAAAAUUACUAGUUAAAACAUGAUCUGUGUUCUGAAAGUAAUUACUGAUGUCAUCUUUGUAAUAUAAGGGCAAUUCAAUUUUUAUUACUUUAUACCGAUUUCUGAAUACAAACAAUAUAGAAUGCCAGAACUGAUAGAUGAAAUGAUUUUCUAUGUAAGAAAAUUCAGAAUGCAUUCAACUGAGUUGUCAUUUGGCUGGAAAUGUUUUUGCUUCAAGUCCGUAAUAUUGUAAAAAUGUAUGUUCCUAAUUUUUCGCAUUGUGAUUUUGGGAAACCGUAUAAGAAAUGCUGAUAGUUUUAAAAAUGAUAGCUAGAAUGUGCUUACUACACUUGUAUUAUUAGAUUUAACUCCUCCUUUGAUCUGAAUGCUAUGAAGAAUUUGAGCCAUCACACAUUAGAGACUGUUAUUAUUACAGUAAAAAAAAAAAAACCUGUCUAUUUCCUCAGUUCUAUUUUGCUUAAAAAUGAAUAAUAAUGAUAAUUAUUUAGAAUUUGGAAAAAGCAUAAAGACCUCAUAAUUUCUUCUUAUUUGUGAAAUUCUUUAAGGACUUGCCAGGUCCUUUGGAUCUUCAACCUGGGCAAGAUCAUAAAAUCUUAUCAGUGCCAUGGAAGAAGAAUCUGAAAGAAUGUAUGUAACAAAUGAGAACUUUUCAAAUUCUAAGAUAGCAAAUUGGAUUACUAAUUAUGAAAUUUAUGAAAACCAAACUAGAUCAAAUUGUACCUGGAAAAAUAUGCAUUGAAGUUAUAUCUUUGAGCCAAUGUAGCAUAAGUCCUAGUGAGAAUAUUUUUCUUUUUGCCUUAGAAAUUAACAUAUGAUACUUUAAGAUACCCAAACUGACAGAAGCCACUGUCUUUCUCAGUUUUGAAUGAACUAUAUCAAACAUUCACUUUUUGUAUAAAAUCCCAGAAUGUGACUAUUUUCUUAAUCUUUACUACUUGGUUGUGACAUCAGGAUGUCUGAACAUAUACAUACACACAAGUGAAUUAAAAAUGUUUGUUUGUUUUUUAAAUAGUUUAUGUACUUGAUGAGUACUGAGGCUCAAUUUUAAAAAUUAUUUAUUUUAACUAAAUAUUAUUACAACAAGAAAAUAACUAUAUCCUCCCUUAAGCUGUAAAUAAUGGAAUUUGCUAUGUUAAGGGAGUUAAACCUCUUGGGACUAUAAUUUGAUUUGCUCUGAGUUUGGAAUUCAGAUAUAACUGUUUGAAUUUUGCUAAGCCAGUAAUUCACCAUUCAAGGGAAAUGCCAUGAACUACUCAAAGUGAGUACAUUCUGAGAAAUGUUACAGGUGGAUGUAAGUACCUGGGAAGACUGAGAAGAGACAGCCUGAUGAAGGUAAUGGCAGGAUCUUCUAGACUCAAUUUCCCCACUGUACUCUUUCCUUUCUGAAUAGCAAAAUUUCCCACCUGGUUAAUAUUGAGCCUGUCCAUGAUAUCCUGUGAAUAAUAUGAAACUUUUGCAUGAUUGGCUGUUCCAAAAUGAAUUUUACCCAAAAUCAGAGCAAAGAUACUUAUAAGUUAGUCUCUGCCUUUUGGCUUAAACUUGAGAGAACCGUCUUAAUGUAGUUACAACUAUAUCCUUCCUUUUUUCCCUUUUAUAGCAAAUUUCUAUAACCAUGGUAGGUGAACUACAAAGGUUUUCUAAUGAACCUUAGAGUUACAAUCCUCAAGUAUCUCUGAGCUGCUGCUAUACUGGGAUGCAGGUAGGAAGGAGCCUGUUGCUUUUAUUUUACUAUUUGGAAUAGGUAGCCACUACAAAUUUCAACUCUCUAACCUAAGUUACUAGGACAGAUCAGUUCUUAGACUUGCCUUCUCCUUGCUCACCAUUUCAAUACAUUCUUAUGUAAGAUUAUGUCCUUAAAGUAUCACAUUCUUUCUGAAUGAUAGUAAGAUAAAAUAUAUCCUCAUGGGCAAAUUAUGUGAUAUUGGAUAAAGACGUAAAAGUUUUAAUUUUUAAUGAAAUAGUAAUUCACUUUGUAAAAAUACAACAAAAUUAGACUGUUGCCAUUUAAGAACUAAUAUAUAUGCGCAUAUAUACAUACAUAUGAAUAUGUGAGUAUAUAUAUGUGUGUGUGUGUGUAUGUAUAUAUGAUUGACUUUCAAUUGAUUUCCAUUGGGUAAAGGAAUAUAAUUGGACUCACACUAAUUGUAAUUGUAUGAGUAGCCUUCGGACUUCAGCUGUUUUGCUAGUGAAAAAUAAUGGAAAAGUCCAAGGAAAGAUGGCGGUCCUGAAUGAUAUAUUUCAGAUUUUAUCCUGGAGAUAAUAAGGAACUACUGAACUUCUUUCAGGUCCCUUUGAAUCUUCACAGAUGCCUGUCCAUACAAAUGCCUAAAUACACAGGAUCUAUGUUUUAGAAACUGUCAUUGGAUAUGUUUUUUGUAAUUGUUUUUAAGAUCUCAAGUUGGAUUGAGGCUUUCCUAUAGAGAAUUAUUUAAUUAGUUGUCAAGAAACUUUGACAUCAUUUAAAAAAAAUGAAUGGAUAAAGAGGAACAAAAUGUUAUCCAUCUCCUUCACAAAACAACUUAAAUUCCUGUACCUGGAGGCAUAUACAUUAUAUGUCCAUGUAUUGGAAGAAGAGAAGAGAAAUCCUUGUGGUCCUCAGCAAACCACAUAGUACGUCCAGAAGGAUUUAGUGAGAUUUUGAGAGCAUUAGCUUCACGCUCUGGAAAAAUAAAGAAUGGCUAGAUGAACUAUACUGCAAUUCUUUAGAAGCAAUAUAUUUUUAUGAUUUCACACAUCAAAACUAAAGCUCCAGGAGCUUAACCAUCCAGGGAAAUAUGUGGGUAGGAAAUACAGAAUUCAGGAUUCUCUGUUACUCCGUAGAAAUUGUUGCUCGUCCUAAGCAAAUGGCCAAAGAUCACUUCCCCUCCCCUUAGUACUUGUGGCUACACGUCAUACAAAGUAGUUGAAUAUAGGCUCAUUAAACUAUAACAGGUCUUUACAGUCACAUAAUCCUAAAGCACUUAGCUUUACAAUAAGGUUUGUCCUAAUUUGUUGAAGCUCGUGCAUUAAAAGGACUCCAAAGUAGUUCCUUAUGUACAAGACAGUUAAAUAGAUAUUAAAACAAAACCAAACAUUUGGAUCUUAUUUGGGGAGUACUUCAAUGGGAGAUAAAUUUCCCCCCAUUUCUGUUUAAGGUCUCUCUGAUACUAUCAAGAGACAGAAGAAGGGGAAGCUAGAUGGCACAGUGGAUAGAGUACCGGCCCUGGAGUCAGGAGGACCUGAAUUCAAAUCCAGCCUCAGACAGUUAACACUUAUUGGCUGUGUGACCCUGGGCAAGUCACUUAACCCCAAUUACCUCACAAAAAAAAAAAAAGCAAUAAGAUUGUUCUUCUAGCCCAUAGAUAGCAUUGUCUAUAGUGAUAUCUGUACCAAAUGAAGGUUUCAAGUAAAGAUCUAAAGAAAAAAAUAAUACGUGAAUAUUAAAAACUUUAAACUUUCACAUGAGUUACAGGUGACCUAAUCUGUUCUUCCUAUAGACCUGACGUUCAUAAGGUUAACUCCAAAAGAUUUGUACCGACUUUCACAAUGUAAACUGACUGUUCUAGAGCCAAUGUAAGUAGUUUUUUUAAGCCUUACUAAACUGUAUUAAGUCUUAUCAUCAACAGGUUAAAGUCAAAAUUACCUAGAGAAUUUCCAUAAGUGACCUGGAACCUGGCAAGUGGUCAGGAAAUGCCUCUGCCAACCCACCCUGUAAUCAAGGUGAAAAGGUCCAUUCCAUGUACUUUUGACAACUAACACCUCAAUUAAAGACACCAAGAUGUUGAUUCCGGGAUGCGUGUCUCUUGAGUUUAAGUAGGACAAUUUAAGCUGGACAGUUUGUGGACAGUGGUCAAGGACAGACCUCUUUAACACAGAAUUUCCUAGGGAAAGUGUUUCCCAGAAGCAGAUGACUUCAUAAACUAGACAGCGAACCCAAAAUGAUGGAAAAAGAAAUCCGUUUUCUAAGUGGACAUUAUGAUACAUUUCCUGUUUUGUUUUCCCCUCUGACAGUAGAGCAAUGUUUAUUUUUCAUUAUCUCUCAGGAGUGCCCUAUUUUUAUUUUUAUUUUCUUGUUCCUUCUUAGAUUAACUAUAGUACAACUGAUUGAUUUAUCGAUUGAAGUUUGAUGAUUAGUUUUAAAGAGAAUGUUGUAUGGUAUUGGAUGGUUUGUUAUCCGCAUAUUUUUGUUUGAUAACCGCUAUAACCCUCCUUGGACCAAGUUGCCUAUUUUGUUGUACAAGCUGAUUUAAUCUCAUGCUCAUAUUAAGUGUUCCAAAGAUAAAAAUGGUUUUAUCUAGGGACAGAGGGGGAAUUGUUAAAGUGAACACAUGCGAGAACAUGGCUGACUCCAUUUUAUUCUGUAUUUGCAAUUUCGCUGUGUACAAUGCCUGCAUGAACUGAAAGACCAGCUGCAACAGUUGGUUCUCUUCCGUGUCUUCUUUCCUCCUGUAAUUGAUACAAAUAGACUUCAUUGCUAAAAGCAAUCGUUUCUGGAAUGUCUCCCCUUAUCUAACCUGAUAUGGAGUUCCCUUUGACUUAGUGAAAGUAACUGUACUAACAAGGGCACACCCCUUCUUUAUGUCCUAUAGUUAACAAUGUACAUUUUCUUUAACAAACAUACUUUUGUCUUUGUAUAAUCAGCUGCACUAUAAGGAGCAACCCUCUAUUUUUUCUUUGUUUCAUGUAACAUAUAUAAACACUACUAGCUGAAUUAUGAAUGACACAUUCCCAUCAACUGCUGCUGGGGUAUGUCACUCUAUAAUAAAACCUGUUUCUCUGAUUCAUGCUGGCUUAUUGGCAAAAGCUAGGCAAACUGAUAAAUUAAUGCAACACAACAAAUACUGUAAUUAAGUCUUAUGAAUGUAAUUAAUGUGGGAAGGCUUUCAAUGAGAUUGCACACCUUAUUAUUGAUCUUCCAAAAAUUUUUAUAUUUUAUGGCUAUGAAGGUCUUUGGUCAGAAAACCUCUCAAUGAGUAUAAAAAAUACCGGAAAGAAAUUCUACUCAUGCAGCAGCUGUGGGUAUAUGGAGAUAAAGGGUCCUUCCUGUAGGCAUGGAAAUAAGGCCCUUAUCCGUGUUUCCCCCUGCUACUGCUUUCCAAUGGGUGGUUUUGUGAUGUCUGGCCCCCCAAGAAAGGUGAAAGAUAGCCUGUGCUCAAGACCAAAUUGUAAAGGGUGGAGUUGGUUAGCUCUUGCUCCUAUAACAAGAUACAGGAAUAGAACAACUAAAAUAAGCCACUGAGGGUGUUUUCCCUCAGAUCUAAAGGAAUUUUUGCUUUGAGACCCACAGCUGAUCUCACUGAUGGAAAUGCACACAGUUGCGAUGUAAUUAGACUUGGUUCAAGGACAAGUAAUUUAAACCAAUGAAAAGUCCUUGGCUAGAAACCCACAAUAGCUUCCCCGAUUUGAUAAGACAGUCCGAUUCAUGCAAGCUGCUGGAAACUGCACAAAGCCACUUUGGACAUGUCCCCAUCAGGGAUAUCUUUGCUUCUUAAUUAUGUAUCUUUGCUUGAA